AUGGUGGCUGGUAUUGGUAGCCUGCUCGCCGAAAUCACGGGCGAGAAGCCCUCCACGGGCCAGUCGAAGCCCGUUCCCCGUGCCAUCCCCGUACCCAAACGGAAGCCAGAGGACGAACUUCGAAGGGACCCCGUCAAGUCUCUCAAGACAGGACAGGGUGAAGCCCCCAAUCGCGCCCUCCCGCGCGACCCAGCCCCCGCCGCGCUCAUCCGGCGCUCCUCCCGCGAAUCCAGCGGCUCCUCGGCCCCGACGGCCCCGACGAGGCCUCCCAAGAAGGGAUCGUUUGCCGAGAUCAUGGCCCGCGCCCAGCGAGCCCAGCAGACCAUGGGCCAAGUCGGCAAGAUCCAGCACAAAAGAAGUGGUCCUCCGAGCACCACUGCCAAGAGGAAACCCGUUCCAGAACCCGAAGCCGCGAAAAAGGCUCGCCAGCCUCCUACGACGGGCUACGCCGGCACCGCCCGUCCUCGCCCCGGUGCUCCGUCGGGCAAGGACAGGAAAAAGCAGGGCGCCGGUGGCGUCAUACUGAAUCCGUCCAUGUCCCGCUACGGCGCCGACAAGCGCCGCUCGUCCCGUUACGAGGAGGACGACGAGGAGAUGAGCGACUUCAUCGACUACGACGACGAAGAGGACGAGGGCGUCCCAUCUCGCCACUAUUACUCGGACGAAGGAUCCUCCGACAUGGAGGCCGGCCUGGACGAGAUUGACGACGAAGAGGAGCAGGCCGAGUACCUUGCCAAACAGGACGACUGGCGCGAGCAACAGCUCGAGAAGAAGCUCAAGCUCGAGAAGGAACGAAGAAAACAAGAGGCCCUCGCAUCCGUUCGCCGUCGUUGA